AUCGUCACGUGGUUCAUGCUGCUCUACGCCCAGGGCCUGCUGGCCAUCCAGUUCCUGGAGUUCUUCUACGGCGUGGCCACGGCCACGGAGAUCGCCUACUACUCGUACAUCUACAGCGUGGUGGACCUGGACAUGUACCAGAAGGUCACCAGCUACUGCCGGAGCGCCACGCUGGUGGGCUUCACCGUGGGCUCGGUCCUGGGGCAGAUCCUGGUGUCGGUGGCCGGGUGGUCCCUGUUCAGCCUGAACGUCAUCUCCCUGACGUGCGUGGCGGUGGCCUUUGCCAUGGCCUGGUUCCUGCCCAUGCCGCAGAAGAGCCUCUUCUUCCACCACGUCGGCCCCGCCCCGCGGCGGCUGAGCGGGAUCAAGGCGCAGAAUGGGGACGUGGUCGGCGGGGACCGGGCCUCGAAUAACCUCCCGGGCUGGGAGGACAUCGAGUCCAAGAUCCCUUUAAACAUGGAGGACCUUACCGCCACGGAGCCGGAGCAGAAAGACCUCCUCCUCGUGCUGAAGGUGCUCUGGAAUGACUUCUUAAUGUGCUACUCCUCCCGCCCCCUGCUCUGCUGGUCCGUGUGGUGGGCGCUGUCCACCUGCGGCUAUUUCCAGGUGGUCAACUACACCCAGGGGCUCUGGGAGAAGGUGUUGCCGUCCCGCCACGCAUCCAUCUACAACGGUGGAGUGGAGGCCGUCUCUACCCUGCUCGGAGCCGUGGCGGUGUUUGCCGUUGGUUUCAUCAAGAUAUCGUGGUCGACAUGGGGCGAGAUGACCCUGUCCCUGUUCUCCCUCCUGAUCGCGGCCGCGGUGUACAUCAUGGACACGGCGGGGAAUAUCUGGGUAUGCUACGCGAGCUACGUUAUCUUCAGGAUUAUCUACAUGCUGCUCAUCACUAUCGCAACGUUCCAGAUAGCUGCCAACCUCAGCAUGGAGCGCUACGCCUUGGUGUUCGGGGUGAACACCUUCAUCGCCUUGGCUCUGCAGACCGUUCUCACCCUGGUGGUGGUCGACGCCAGCGGCCUGGGCUUAGAAAUCACUACUCAGUUCCUGAUCUAUGCUGGUUACUUUGCACUAAUAGCCCUGGUUUUCUUGGUCAAUGGUGCAGUCAGUAUUAUAAAGAAGUACCGAAAGCGGGAAGAUCCCGAAGCCAGUUCUCCAGUGAGGUCCUCGUAGGGCACCGAAGGACGCCGUCUCGAAGCCGGAGCCGUGCGCGGCAACCUGUGCCUGGAUGUCUUUUUAUUUUUUAAAAACUGUAGGCGUAUAUUUAUGACAGUGUUUGAAUGUGCAUUUCAUUGCUUCCGAGCAAGAAGUGGAGUUUUCCUUUCACGCUCCCGGUGUUACACAGUUGAGCUCCAAGUUGGAGGAAACAGAGCUCAUCUCGUAGGUUGUGUGUGGGGAGAGUAUUUAAGGGUGGGAGGGGUGGGGGGGUUUUGUGUCAAAGGCGGCCUUGGAGAGAGGGGCCGUUGAGUCCCGCCUUGGACUUUCCGCUCGGGAUACCUGGGGCUUCUCUUGCCCAUAGGGUCAGCGAGCGCGAGGUCAGCGUUCCAGAGGUCACGUCCUUCUAUAUCCCCUUGGCUAGCGCUCGGGGCCAUCUGGGGCCGUUGCACGAUUUCACAUUUCUGUCCUCUCCCGGGUUUUUCCGUGCGUCGGGCUGAGUGAACGUUGUCCGUUUUCUGGCGGUACCUGCUGUGAUUUAGUGACCCCCUCGCCCGAAGAGUGGCUGCCGUUUGCUGAUCUCGAGUUACUAUUUUUCCACUGGCCCCGAUUUUUCCGCCGCCCACGAGGUCCUCGUCGGUUUUCGCUCGUGCGGUACGCGCCGUUCGUUUGGCCGGUGGACUGGAGUUAAGGCAGAGAGGCCGGAGGAUCGCUCGCAGCGCAAGCCAACGGGUGUUUUUAGGAAAUCUGGAGACGGGUGAGGAAGGACUGACCGCCUCCGUUUUGCAAGCCUUGAGUCGGACCAAAUAAACACCCAAACUUGGUUCGCCUGUCGCAAGAGUCACUGGAUGGCGGCUUUUCAGAGGACACAGUGGAACAGUUAAAAAGAGAAGAAAAGAAAGACCCGGGUAUUUUCUCUAGUACGGAAUUGUUCACUCCGAAGCAAGUUACAAGUUCUUCUCAGCCUCCCUCCUGCAGAGAUAACGGACCUUGCAAUCACGCCUUCAGACCUCACAUCAAAUUCCCCAGGUAUGAAUUCCACGUCAUCCAUUCCCCUUCCUCCUCUCCCUGGAUCUCCCUACCGUCAUGAGCUCCUCAGUUAAAGUUCACCUCUGAGGCUCCAGGUCUACGCCGCUCUCCACUCUGUUUACUUCAUGCCUUUUCACCCUGCUCAUUCCUUCUUUACUCUCCCCUGGUGACUCGCGUCGGAUCCGACUCCGAUAUUUUUCCUUUUACGGGCUGUUCCCGUAUCAGAUCCAGAUCCAGAAUAGUUUUUCCCUCUGCCCGUCAAGGCAGUGCCAUCAAGUCAGUCUUUCACAUUCCCUUUGGGAAUCCACCUUUCAUUGUCCUUCUCCCGCCCGACAUUCCCCAAGGAUCCCCACGGAUCGGAUCGGGAGGGCGACUGGCUGCCGGGCUCGUGAUCCGGUCGGGUCUGGCGGUAGAUUGUAAGCCUUUUCAGCAGGGUGUGACCUUUCCUGUAGGCCUUGGACUGCACGGGGUGUGUGCUGGUGCCCUCGGGGCCGUUGAAAAAAAAAACAUCGUCGUGUGCAUGUUUGGUGGAUUCAGCCUACUAAAGCCGCUGGGGCUAUUUAACCAAAAUGACCCUCAUUUUUAGUUCGUCGCUUUCAUCUAAAUGUGAGAUUAAAAUGCCUGUCAUUGAA